UGGCUCCGGUUCGCGCGUUUGUCGGCCUGUCAUGAAGCUGCGAUGCGAGGUGCACCGUGAGCGCGGCGAUACGACAGAGCGGUUUACAGUGUGUGAUAUCAUCUGACGUGACGAGUAACCUCCUUCUAUCCGCGAAACGUCGACGGCUGACAUCGAUAAACUGUGCGACGAGUAAAACACGCCUGAACAUCGUCUAGGAUCUAUCUGUUCAUCCGUAUACAAUAUCCAUAGUGCCAAAGACCACCGUCUACGUAUUCCUGAAUGAGGCUGAUGGAACCAUUGGGUGUGGCUCCGGAGGUUGUGGAGCUUGGGACAUUGAAACGAUGGUCAGACUAUCCUGUCCAGCACCGAUUCACUGAUUAUUCUAACUCCCAAGGGGAGCCUGCUCACCAUCCAGCAAGUCCGUUUCCGUGCCAGCCACUGCUCAACAAUAAAAUUGCACUAUGGACCGGAGACAUUUCCGUACUCCAGAUGGAUUCCAUCGUCAAUUCUACAAAUGAGACAAUGGAUGAUUACAGUCCUGUAUGCCAAUCGAUAUUUGCUCGAGCAGGAUCUGCUUUGAAAGAAGAAAUUUACGACGAAGUUAAAGAGUGUAAGACGGGAGAAGUGCGAACUACACAGGGUCACAAACUGCCGGCUCGGUACAUCAUACACACAGUUGGUCCCAUCUACAACAUCAAAUAUCAAACUGCAGCUCAAAAUACGUUACAUUGUUGUUACAGAAACGUUUUACACAAAGCGAGGGAGCUCGGCUUACAUAGUAUAGCUUUGCCAGUGAUUAAUUCCGUGAGACGAAAUUAUCCGCCCGAUGCUGGGGCACAUAUUGCGCUUAGAACAGUGAGAAGAUUCUUGGAGCAAUACAGCGACACGAUAGCCUGCAUAGUUUUUGUAUUAGAGGCCUGUGAUCUAGGAAUUUACGAGGUACUCUUACCGCAUUAUUUUCCGAGGACACCUGCGGAACAGGAAAACGCUCGCUGGCAACUUCCAAGUGAUAUCGGUGGAAUGGACGGCGAACCUCUGCUACCGGAUCGACAGAUCCGAAUUAUUGACAAUCCGCAACACGCAUUGCACGGCGAUGAAACCGUGGAGAUAUCCAACCAACUAGAGACUUCGGUCAGCCUGGGUGAACAUGCAUUUACGCAGAUGCAAGGCGACUUGGACAGACAACGGCUCCUUGGUGAAAGGCCGCUUGCAGAUCCGCUAGCCGACAUCAUGCUGAAGCAAAUGCAAGAAAAAGAGCGGUACGAGCGUCUUUUGCGACGGGCGAAGACCGAGGAUUUAACGGAGGUAUCGGGAAUUGGCUGCCUUUACCAAAGCGGUGUCGAUCGUCAGGGUCGUCCGGUUGUUGUGUUCGUCGGGAAAUGGUUUCCCUUCAAUAAAAUCAAUCUCGACAAGGCCUUGUUGUAUUUAAUCCAGCUUCUAGAUCCCAUCGUUAAGGGAGAUUACGUAAUCGCUUACUUCCACACAUUGACGACGAGCAAUAAUUAUCCGGGACUCCAUUGGCUGAGGGAAGUCUACAACGUGCUGCCCUACAAGUACAAAAAGAAUCUGAAGCAAUUCUACAUAAUUCAUCCCACGUUCUGGACAAAGAUGAUGACUUGGUGGUUCACAACCUUCAUGGCGCCAGCGAUUAAACAGAAGGUUCACAAUCUGCCAGGUGUUGAAUAUCUUUACGAAGUUAUGUCUCCCGAUCAAUUAGAAAUACCAGCCUACAUAACGGAAUACGAUAUGACGAUAAACGGGCUGCGUUACUAUCAGCCUGAUUAUACAUCGCAAUCGACAACGUAACUCGCAACACUCGCCGAGUCUCGUUUCAACUUGAUAAUCGUUAUUUUUAAUUUUCAAAAAGAAAAAAAAAAAAGCAUGAAAACCAGCGUUUUUAAUAAACAUAUUUAGCAUUAGUAUAAAAUAUUCUAAAUACGUAUGGCGUAUUCGACUAAUGCUGGUUACGUGUAUCGCUGACGAAAAAAAAAAAUGGGAGAGAAAUUACGAAAAAAAAAAGAAAAAGAAAAAAACAGAAACAUCAACAAUGACGCUCCAGCGUUUCCACUACGCUUAGACAAUGUAGACAUGUAGAUAUACUAUUACUAUAAUUAGUUUAUUAAUUAAUACAUGUAAGGUGAUACGAUAGUGUGCUUAGGCGCGGUAAAAUUUAAUUGUUGAACAUAUUUGACCUUAGGUAAAGUGGAAAAAGAAAGAAGAAUGAGGAUGAAAAAAACAGACAAAAAAAAACAUUUCAUAAUUAUAGUAAAUAGUUAAAUUAUCCCUUUCUAGGCGAGAGACUGAUGAUUUUCAUUUAUCUGAUUGACCGUAAGAAGAGAAAAAUUGACGCGCGAAAAAUGAUUGUUUAAAUGCGGCGCUCUGUCGACAUAAUAUUACAUUAUUAUAUAUUAUAUUAUCUAUAGUGUGAGAGGCGAUGUGUUAUUUUGGACGGUAUAGAUAUAAAUAUUAUGUAAAAUUUAACGAAAAGAAUCGGUAAGAGUUUUAUUCGAAUUACAGAUAUAUAUAUAUAUAUAUAAAACAUAGGUAUAUAUUUGAAAUAUUAGAAAUUGCAAUCACGAAAUAUUAUAAAUGAUUAUUAUUAUCAAUUGCUAUUCUUAGUAUGACCAUCCAAAAAUCCAACGAUGUGUUAUUCGGGGAGAAGAGAUACUUGAAAGAAAAAUCGAGUUGUUAGAAAACAUUUUGAAAAUGUAUAGCCAGUUCACAUUUGCUGCAGCAACACUUCGUCAUAAAGUACCUAAUUUUAACUAGUUAUAAGUACGAUACGUACGUAAGAAAUUUAAUUCGUACAAGUUGAACGAAAGAAAGAUAGAUUUUAAAUUCUUGUUCGCUGACUUAGAUUACGUCGAUAAAUUGUUUUGUUUUGCCAUUUACUUUAUGUUUUUUUUUUUCUUGAUUACUUUGAUCUACAAUAUAUCUAAACACGUUGCAGCUUGGGUGUGAUAAAAAAAAAGCAUGGUAAAAGAACUCACAUUCGAGGAAAGAGAAAUGAAGAAAAAACAAUUUCCUGCCAAAACACCAAUAAUCAGUAUUUACAUUAUAUUUCAUUACAAUCAAGAACUAAAUAAGUAAACGAAUGGUAAUAACGGGAAAAAAAAACACUUCACGUGCAAUGCGUAAAUAUGUACACGUAUGCGUAUGAUUGCAUGUAUAUUUGACGUAAAUCGAUUACCCUCUUAUUUUGACUGCCGGCUUCGACUCUCUCUAUCUAUUAAUGGUGAUAUAGUUUAAAUAGAUCCUUCAAUGUCAAUAUCACAUAGAUACGUACACUGUAUAAUGUGUAAUUUUAUCCGCAUACAUAUAAUAUCAAUAUUUUCACAUAACUAUAUUGAUUUAUGUUAAACUAGAUAAAAAAAAAAAGCACCAAAAAUCGGAUAACGCGAGAAUAACAUUUUUUACCCCCGAGUAAGUAAUUGUUGAUAAGAAUAGAAUCGAGUGAUAGUUGUGAGAAAAAAAUCGCUUACGAGCUCUUCUUGACAAGAUUUCGGUGUUAGAAAUUGUGCGAAAGAAUGUAUAAUCAUGCCGAUCAGCGUAUAAAUUCAAUAGCUGUGUUUGAAUUCAGAAUCACUGAAUAGAAAGGUGAAGUAAUAAAUCGUAAACGCUUCCCUUGUAUCGCGUGAACUUUGUUGGUGCGAUUAAAAAUUUGCCAUUUUGAUAUAAUUUUUCUACAUUUUUUUCUUUUGUUGAAAUCGAUUAUAUUUUUGGUUUCUCCGCGUAUUCGAAAUGAUACGACACUUUAUUUUUAUUAGUAACUGGUAACAAGCGAAAAAGAACGUUUUGUAUUAUCAUCUCAAUCAUUAUUACAUUGUUUUAAAUUUCCGACCGUAGCCUCGUUAUUUCCAUUACCCAUCGAUAUGAUUUUUCUGUUAUGCAUUUUAAACGUAUUUGAUGAAAAAUAUAUUAUCAUUACUAAAUUCAUAUUAUCGUAUCAGUUAUAGAUUACAAUAUAUUCAAGUUUAGUACAUCUACAAACUAAUAUCAUCAUCCGGCACAUAGCCAUCCUAUUUAUCGUAUCGUUUACCUCAUAAUUUCGUUUUAUUAGAUUUUCUACCGUAUUCAUUAUAAUCGUAUCACUCAACACUUGGAUUAUUCUUAUUUCAUAAGACAGACGAUAUAAAGGUACAUACAGUAUAAACAUGUUUUAAUAAAUAUAUUUCUAACGUUAUUAUUUGAUACUGUCUUAUUUUCUUUCUCAUCGUCGUAUUUGAAAUAUUUAUUUUUUCACAAACUCGUUGUGUCCUUCCCUAAUGAUUUACAAUUCAAAAUUCCGAACAAUGAUUUAUAUCUUUAAUGUACUUAUAUCUACAUACACAUAUCCUUUUUCGUACUUUUCUUUUCGAUUUGCAAAAACAUGUAUAUUAAUUACAAAAACAGAAAGUCGAAAGUGAACGUUUUGAUGAUAGAAAAACAAGUCGUAAAAAGCAAGAGAAGAAAGAAAAAAAAAACAACAAAGCGUCCGUGUUCAGUGUGGUGUUUGAUAUAUUGCAGUAAUCAUUCGCGCGAAAUAACUUCACACUUUGAACCUUGCCUCAGCCUUGUAUUCAGUCUUCAUUCAUCGAAUGAAUAACGUAAAUAGUGAUAAUCAUAUUCGUUUCGAUAAAUAUCAAAAGCAAUCUCUGUACUAACUCUGUUCUUUAAACUUGUACCUAUUCACAGAACGACAGAAGAUAUCGGAACAACAUUUCCGCUCACGCGAUAAAUCUUAUUGCUGUGAUUAUCGAUAUUGUUAUUGUUAUUGUCAUUAUUAUUAGUGUUGUUAAAAUCAAUUAUAGGUAGCGUCGGCUGCAUCACUUUGUGUGAAGACAAUUCAAAAGUACUUGCUUGGAAAUUGAUAGUAAUAACAGUAAUGUUUUUAUCAAUGUCACAAGAAAAAAAAGAAAUAAAAAACACGAAAUUACAAAUAUGAUUGCUCGUCGUUAAAUCGUGAC